AAGGCGGCAUUGGGUGGAGAGCUGCUGUUAGUUUGUGCUGUGUUUAUUGUUAAGGUUGUGUGGAUUAGCACUGCGGUACCCAGUUUCUUUUCACAUGAUCAACAAUAUAGCUUUAAGAUGAGUUAAGUCCGCGCGACGUGCCCUCAUUUCACUGCUUGGGAUGACAGCCGGUGCUUCAGUGGCCGCCAGGGAAGAACUUUAUGAAGGCACAGAAGAAAAGAUGAAAGACAAACUAUGAUGUUGCACUCAAACUGAUCCACAACCUGCCUCCACGGAAAAUUCUCAUCUGCCACCAGAUUGAUCUGGUAAUGGCUAAUUCAGUGGCCCUAGUAGUCCAAGCAGAACUCUUACCGACUCAGUCCACUGCCUCCCUCUCGCCUUUCCCGUCCCUUCUUGGUUCAGGAGAGGAUGGCGAGGAUGACAGGGAGAGAGGGGAGCUGGUGGAGGGAGACAAAGAGGGAGUAGAAGGUGGAGAGGAGGUGGUUCUGGGCAUGGUGUCAUCAUCGGUGUCUGGGCCAGCCACGCAGCCGGAGCAGUCAGAUCAUCCCUUCCAGUGUCUGGACUGUGGCAAGAGCUUCAGGUGGUCAUCCAGACUGACCCACCACCUGCGGAGCCACAACAAUGAGAGACCCUACCGCUGCAACCUCUGUCCCAAGGCCUUCAAGGGCUCCUCUGCUCUGCUCUACCACCAAAGGUCUCACUCAGGGGAGAAGCCUUAUAAAUGUCAGGACUGUGGCAAAGCCUUCAAACGCUCAUCUCUACUCCAGGUCCAUCAGAGUGUUCACACUGGAGUGCGUACUUUCUUGUGUCCCUACUGCCCCCUUACUUUUAAGUGGAGUUCUCACUACCAGUACCACCUGCGGCAACACACAGGAGAAUGCCCAUACCCAUGUGACACUUGUCCCAAGGCCUUCAAGAACUCAAGCAGUCUGCGGAGACACAAGAAUGUUCAUCUCGGUCUCAAACCUUACACCUGCACAGUGUGUAACAAAUCCUUCACGCAGUCUACCAACCUGAGGCAGCACAUGAGGAUACAUACAGGCGAGAGGCCCUACAUCUGCAGCGAGUGUGGACGAAGCUUUACUCAUUCGUCGAACCUGGCGCUGCACAAGAACUCUCACUCCAGCCUCAAUGCAGGAGGGAAAGAGGGAAAGAGGGGAGAGGAUGGAAGGAAGAGAAAUGAGGUAGUGGAGGUGGUGGUGGGGGCAGAGGAAGUGACGUCAUCAAUGUUGACAGACAUGGUAGGAUUUGUGAGCCAGGAAGGAACUGAUGGAGUCGGGGUGGGAAUGGAAGAAGUGUUCCUGUCAACCACCUCCUCUGGCCAGAAUCCAAGCCUUCUCCCCCAGCUCACCCUCACUCCUUCUGGGGAGGACGUGUGCACGUCUAGGGCCAUUGGGACAGAGGUUCACCUGAGCACAGACACCGGAGCCAGUGUGCUCCUGUACAGCUGUGGCAGCUGCAGCCACACUUUUGGCACCCGGACAGACCUAGAGGAGCACCAGGCCAUCCACAUGGCUCCGGAGGACCAUGGGGCUAAUGGGGAGGCAGGGGUCGGAUCCGGGAUGGAAGUUGGGGAUGGGCUGGUGGGAGCUGGACACCUGCUUGCUGACUUUGAGGAGGUGGUUGAAACUACCACAGUGGCUGAAAGUGGACACACGACAGAGGUGCUCCUUGGAUUAUCAGAGGGAGCAGAUGGCAGCAAUGCAAAUGUCGGCACCACCCAGGCCCAGUUUGACCUGUUACAGAGCUUCACUGAGGUGACUCAGAGCUCUGAGACCGUUCAGCCAGAGGCCAGAACCACAUGGGCAGGGCUGUCAUGCGGCUACUGCAAUAAGACCUUUAAGACCAGCGGAGGCCUCAAUAGACAUGUAUCGUUGAUGCACUCUCUUUCAUCACAGUCCCGUUCCCAGUUCAGCUGCUCUGCCUGUGACCGCUCUUUCCCUCUUCUCUCCUCACUCCUCACACACCAACACUCCCACACUCCUGAGCAGCGUCUCCUGGCUGAGGCAGAAGCUGAAAUCGUGUGCCCUCCGUCGCUUUCCUUAUCUCUCCCCCUUCCCUCCUCUCCGAGCCAGGCUGACAAGCAACAGGAGGGCCAGAGGGAGAUCCAUGUCAAUAUCAUAGCUGUCGGAGAGGAACAAGAGGAACAGCCAGCAAAACCAACCAAAGCCCACAAAAAGACAGGAUCCAGCAAAAGCACUCCUGCUGGAGAGAGGCCGUACCGCUGUUCAGAGUGUGGAAAAGCCUUCAAAGGUUCAUCAGGGUUAAAAUACCACAUGAGGGAUCACACUGGGGAAAGGCCCUACCGCUGCACAGAGUGUGGAAAGAGCUUCAAGAGAUCAUCACUGCUCUCUAUCCAUCAGAGGGUGCAUACAGGUGUACGGGCAUUCCAGUGCCCUCACUGUCCUCUCACUUUCAAGUGGAGCUCCCACUACCAGUACCACUUGCGGCAGCACACAGGUGAGAGGCCAUAUGUGUGUAAAGAGUGUGGUAAGUCCUUCAAGAACACCAGCUGCCUGCGCAGACACAGUCAGAUGCACUCGGGUUUGCGGCCUCAUACGUGCACCAUCUGCUCCAAGUCCUUCUCCCAGACGUCAAAUCUAAAGCAGCAUGAACGCACGCAUUCAGGCGAAAGGCCUUUUCAGUGCACCCACUGCAGUAAGAGUUUUACACACUCCUCCAACCUUCAGCUCCACCUUCGCACGCACUCCUCACGCAAGGACUUCAAAUGCCCGUACUGCUCAAAGGAGUUUGUCAUGCACUCCUACUUGCAGAGGCACAUCCGCACCCACGGCACUGGCGUUGCCCUGCCUUGCCCAGGUGGUGGAGGUAAAGACGGUGUGGCUGUGAAAGCCAGUGUUGGAGGAGUAACCACUACUACAACCCUGCUGAACCCCAUCACCCUGGAAGCCUCAGGAAACAGUGGCAGUCUGAUUGUGUCCCAACCAGCACUUAAUAUUCCACCUAACACCUCCCAGAACUACUUCAUGAUACAGACAGCAAGUGGCCUGCAGCUCAUUCCUCUAUCAUCCCCUACGCCAGUGCAGCCACCUCCUCCUCCUCCACCACCACCAUCCCAGCCCCAAAACUUUCUCCUCCUGCAGUGUCCCUCCAACAAUGGCAGCCAGUCCAGCUUGAUUCUUCUUCCCACAGCAAACAACCCUCCACCAGCUCCAGAGCCUCAGUCCCUCCCUGUACUUCAAACUAUCCAAGCAUUCCAGCCUGUGCUUAACCAAAACCAGACUCAGAUACCCCAGUUUCCAACUGUAUCACAGCAACAACAGCAGACCAGGAUCAUAAUUACUAACAACAGUAACAAUGCACACACUCCAGUUGCCACACCAACACACAACCUCUCAGUCAGCUCCCUACUGACGAAGCCCAUAUUAGGGAAGAGCACGCGGACUGCACGAGGCAGAAGGGGGCGCAAACCAAAAGUUGCUCUUCAGAAAUCAGCCCCAGCUCCUGUCAGUCACGUUGCAGGUGGAGCUCUUCCUGUAACAAACUCUAAUGUGACCAGUGGCACCCAGAUUGUUACUGCUGCGAACACUACCACGGAGUUAUCUUCUCUACCCACAACAUCCGUCACUAAUACCCCGAUUCUUUCAUCCCCCGCCACUGUAGCCCCCACAGUGGACACCUCAGGACCCUCACCGACUGUUACCAUGGUUACACCAGCCACUACACUAGCUGCAGCCUCAGUUUCUACUCCUGUCCCUGCAGAAAGGAAACCUCAUUCCACUGUGGAGCAAAUGAGGGCAGGGGAAACUAUGACAAGGAAAGAGUUUGUGUUAUGUUUUGAUAAUGAAGAACAGGCAAAGGAUGGGAUGAAUAUUGAGGAGGCUGGGGAGUCAUAUGUGUUGCAGUUUGAAGGAAAUGCAUCUGGGGAGGCAAUCGAUGGAGGGAUGGGUGGAGAGGGAAAGUCACUUGUGUUGCAAUUCAAGACAGAUGGGCCAGGUGAAGACGAAAAAGGGGGUGAUAAGGAAAGGAUGAUGUCACUUCUGCAAGAAUGGGGUGGAGAAAAACAGGAUGAGAGACAAUCAGGAGGGGACGGCAACCAGGGGGAGUCAUAUGUCCUUCAUUUCCACACCGAGUCGCAAGACAGUGUUCCAUCUGGUGCUACCUUCAGCCAAGGGCCGGACAACAGCCUGCAACUUUCCUGCACGUCUACCCAAAGCUUGGUACCCCUUGAUGGGCAGGAGGUGGUGUUUGAGCUUGGGGGUGAGACUAAGCUGGAACAGGAAAGUGAGGAAGGCAUGCAGAUGAUAGCACUUAUAGAUGGUCAAGGAGGAAUAAUAGGCGAGGAGGGGCGAGGUUGCAGUACUGUAAGUAGCACAGUUACUGAGGGUGGAGGAGGUAUGGAAAGUAUAUUUCAGCUGGAAAGUGGAGAUGAAAUUGUAAUAAUUGAAGUCAGUACCAGUAGCUUAAGAGAAGGGAGAAUGGAGAGAGGAGGGGACGGGGAGAUCUCACAAAGUAGCGAGGUGAAAUAUGAAGGUGUAACAGAAGAGGCUAAGGAAAAGUCUGUAAAGGAACUAAAUUCUGCAGCCAGCACAGAGGUACAAACAUCAGCUGAAGACACAAUAAAUGGACCUAGCUCUAAAUCUAAAGAGAUACAGUUCUCCAACUGAGAACAGUGCGUGUUAAAAGAAGAAUAAAGCGUAUGUCUGAGUAAAUGCCUCACUUUUUGUGGGCUGUUUGUUAGCACUUUAUAGUCAGUUGAGUUCUCUUGGAAGUGAAAGAGAACAUGCAGUUAGAUGAGUACUGUGUUGUAAUGCCAUGCCAAAUGUUAUACAUUUAAAUAGGCUGUACAUGGACCUCAGAAUAUUCCUAAAGAUUAGUUUAAAUGAUACUGUCAUUGGCAGUUUGUUUAUUAAGUAAAUAUGUUUUUGUGAAUAAAUGUUGUAUAUUGCCUACUUUCUUCACAAUGUUAAUAGUAAGUAAUUAUUAAUAAAUCUGUUAAUACCUUU